GUUCUGUGUUCCCUCCUCGCACACACGCCCCGCCAUCUGUGUGGCGACCUCGCGAACCGACUUGGAGCAGAGAAGAUCGGAGAUUCGCGAGUGUGCUUCGAGUCGCGAUGGUCUUCGCUGGACAGAUGCACCUGCGGCGGAUCCUUCUGCAGCCUCAGAUCGCUCGGCUUUACCACAUUAACGCCUCGAGAUGGGUGUCCCAGCCGCCGUACCAGAUCUUCAAGUACUCGGACUUAGAAGUGACCCUUGCCUCCCCAGAGAUUCUCAAGCCCAAGCCCGAGGUGUCCUCCCUGCAGUUCGGAAAGUUUUUCACCGACCACAUGAUGCAGGUUGAGUUCCAUAAGAACAACGGCGGUUGGCAGACUCCGAAGAUUGUGCCUUUCCAGAAUAUCUCCCUGCACCCUGCAGCCAAAGUCUUCCACUAUGCGGUGGAGCUCUUUGAAGGUAUGAAAGCCUAUCGUGGAAAGGAUGACAAGAUUCGGGUGUUUCGGCCGGACCGCAACAUGGAGCGAAUGAACGUAUCAGCUAUGAGGUCCGAGUUGCCCAUAUUUGACGGCGACGAGCUGACCAAGUGCAUCUGUCGCCUUAUCAGCAUCGACCAAGAGUGGGUUCCCCAUUCUUUGUCCUCAAGUCUGUACAUCCGCCCAACCAUGAUUGGAAUCGAUCCCACUCUUGGUGUUUCCUCUUCUGAUAAUGCCUUGCUCUUCGUCAUUUUGUGCCCUGUCGGUCCCUACUUCCCCGGCGGCUUCAAACCGGUUUCUCUGUUGGCCGACCCCAGGUUCACUAGAGCCUGGCCUGGAGGCUGCGGCGACCGAAAAAUGGGUUCGAAUUACGCACCAACCAUCAGAGUUCAGGCUGAGGCACUUGGUUUAGGACUGCAGCAAGUCUUGUGGCUAUUUGGAGACGACCACCAACUAACAGAAGUGGGCACCAUGAAUAUAUUUGUACUAAUUUUGAAUGAGAAUGGAGAGAGAGAACUAGUUACUCCACCAUUGGAUGGCCUAAUCUUGCCAGGAAUCACAAGACAGUCGAUUAUUGAACUUGCUCUGCAGUGGGGAGAAUUUAAAGUAGUCGAACGUAAAAUUACCAUGCCCGAAGUGCAGCAGCUUCUUAAUGAAAAAAGACUGCUGGAGCUUUUUGGCGCCGGAACUGCAUGUGUGGUGUGUCCGGUGUCCUCUAUAUUGUACCAAGGGCAAACCUUGAAGAUCCCCACCAUGGAAUAUGAUGUUCCAGUGCACCAGCGUAUUCUCAAGACCCUCACCGACAUUCAGUACGGCCACGUGGACCACCCGUGGGCCCUGCGUAUCGACCAAGCAUGAAAAAUUGUUUCCUACGUACAUGUUAAGUGUUCCAAUAAUUUUACCUUCAGUGCAAGCAAAUUUAACACCAUAUCAAACUCGAAUCAAAGAGGAAACGAGUCAAUCCCAACGAGUCAGUUGAUAUUUUUGGAGCAGCCCAGGAAGUAAAUCAAAAUCAAUUAUGCCAGACAAUAAUGGUCAAACGAAACACAUAUUUUACAGAGAGAUGAAUUUAAAGAAAUAUAAAAAGCUCAAAUAUUUAGUGAAACAAAUCUUAGCUCUCUUAAGAUUUGCCUUUAUUUAUAUACUUUGUUAUUGCUCACAAUUAUAUUCUUAGAGACGCAGUAAGAAUCUCUCUACUUGGUGCCAUCAUACUUAAAUUUUCAAUGCAGAAAUUUAGAUUCGAAAAGCAGCCCUUUGCUAUGCAUAUAUAAAUAAAUUGGGUACUUAUGUUAGCACGGGUCUAUUGCCCAAUGUUAAAUAUUUAUUGAUAUGUUGAGAAAAUCGCCCAAGUGCCUUUUAACGAGCUUUUGCCUCGGAUCAAUAGAUCUGCAUCUACUGCAGCGUUUUUGAAACAAAAUGUUAUUUUCUAUAUUCUGAAAGCCUUUCUAGUUGUUAAAACGUGACAAUACGUAAGAGGAUAGGCAGCAGUUGAGUGCCUCUCCUGUUUUAGACAUCUUCCGUGCCAUUUUGUUACUCAAAGAUCUUUAUUUUUGUACUGUAGAAAAAAAAACUCUUGCCCUCACAUCAGUCAUGUAGCCGUCUUGCAGCUGUGUGAAAAUGUUGCCACGAAUUAAAGUUUUGAAAAUUUUAAGCUGGACUUAUUUUACUUUUUAUUAGCAAUUUUGCU